UCUCUUCUAGAACCUCCAGCCCCUUUCCCCGGCGAUGGGCGGCCCAUGGCCGGGCAAGGCUUCCGGGGGAAGGGCGGAGCAGAGGCUGGGGAAACGCCGGUGGCCGGCCGGCUGGGUCAACUCGUUCAGCUGACUUCUACCAGGCUUGCUGUUAGGUUUAAAAUACAGCUUGCGCACGAACAAGUACGCUGAAGGUAUUACUGAAGAUACACAGGCUUGGAAAAGGCUCUGAAUCAUGGAUAGCCUCAGUGUGGCAAAUACCACUUUUGCAUUGGACCUCUUAAGACAGCUGUGUGAGAAAAACGGCACACAGAAUCUAUUCUUUUCUCCUUUUAGUAUUUCUUCUGCUUUGUCUAUGAUUUUGCUGGGUUCAAAAGGUAACACUGAAGCCCAAAUAGCAAAGGUGCUUUCUCUGAACAAAGCUGAGGAUGCUCACAAUGGGUAUCAGUCACUUCUCUCUGAAAUUAACGAUCCAGACACCAAAUAUAUCCUCAGAACUGCUAACCGACUUUAUGGAGAAAAGACAUUUGAGUUUCUCUCGUCAUUUAUAGAAUCAAGUCAGAAAUUCUACCAUGCUGGACUAGAACAGACUGACUUCAAGAAUGCUACAGAGGAUUCCAGAAAGCAAAUAAACGGCUGGGUAGAAGAAAAGACUGAAGGUAAAAUUAAAAACCUGCUGGCAGAGGGAAUUCUUGAUUCAAUGACCAGGCUUGUGUUGGUGAAUGCCAUCUAUUUCAAAGGCAACUGGGCAAAGAAGUUUGACAAAGAGAAGACAAACGAAACACUAUUUAAAAUUAACAAGAAUGAGACCAAACCUGUGCAGAUGAUGUUCAGAAAAGAUAAAUUUAACAUGACCUAUAUUGGAGACAUGGAGACCAAAGUCCUUGAGCUCCCAUAUAUUGGCAACGAACUCAGCAUGAUCAUCCUACUCCCUAAUGCAAUCCAGGAUGAAUCUACUGGCUUGGAAAAGCUGGAAAGAGAACUUACAUAUGAGAAGCUGAUAGAUUGGAUUAAUCCUGAAAUGAUGGACAUGACAGAGGUGAAGGUGUCUUUACCCAGAUUUAAACUGGAAGAAAAUUAUGAUCUGAAACCUCUUCUGAGCAAGAUGGGAAUGCCUGAUGCAUUCAACUUACAGAAGGCAGACUUCUCAGCCAUCUCAGCUGGUAACGAGCUAGUGCUUUCUGAAGUGGUUCACAAGUCCUUUGUGGAAGUCAAUGAAGAAGGCACUGAAGCAGCAGCUGCCACGGCAGGAGUGAUGUUACUGCGCUGUGCUAUGAUCGUUCCAGAUUUCACUGCUGAUCAUCCAUUCCUCUUCUUCAUCCGGCACAACAAAACUUCCAGCAUUCUGUUUUGUGGCAGAUACUGCUCUCCCUAAAAAGAUGUCUUGACAGAAGUGCUGCUGUUAACACAGUAACUUUGUUCCUUUAGGAUAGGAUUACUCUUUUGCACUAACUGCCUCUUUUAACUGUGCCUGAAUCCACUUCUCUUGUCAUUAAUUUGGGCUUCAAUACAGUACCAGAGACACUUAGACAGCAGCUGCCAUUUAAAACAGGUUUGCUAUCCUGUGCACCUGGGUAGAGAGUUUUCCAACUUGUUGCUGACAAGAAAUAUGCUCAGUGAACGGUUGAAUCUGUGCUUGUAGUUCCCAUCACACUUUCCUUUUUGUGGCCACCAGACAGUGAAUCAGAUAGUGACAUCUCACAGAAAAGGAAGAAGUAGAUUUUGUUUCUGACAGAUUGGAAGACGUCUCAUGCUGUGUGCCCUGUUUUUCUUCCCAUCCCCAGUACUCUGUUUUUUUUCAUUCUUCCAGAGCAUUUAACAUUUUCAUAAAAGUGAAGGGAGAUGAAAGGAGGCUUUGGCAACCUGUUACAUGUUACUAAGCAUCCUGACUAGAUUUGUUUUUUUUGGAUGAUAACUGGACAGCACUUACACAAGAGUGGGAAUAAAAGUAUGUCUCUGUAACAAGUGACCUUGCAGGUUUUCACAGGGUAAGGAUCGUUGUCUUACCACUUUGUGACACCUGGGUAUAUUAGCUAUCACCUAGUUUAUUAGUCCUUCAACAAAGAAUGUAAUAAAAAGCAUAUGGUUCCUCUGUGGUAUUUAAAUGCCAAAGUUUUAUUUUCUAUCUAUAUCUUUUUCCUAUUCAUGGUUUGUUAAACCUCUGAACUUUAACUGAAUGCCAAAGACAAAAACUAAAGUGACUUUGCUAACAGUGAUUUGUUUUGCUGUUCCUGAAAUAAUAAAAUGAACUCAUGGUGGGUGC